CUCUUGCAUGGGGUGUAUGUUGCAAGUUCUGUCUCAGGGGUCUCGCUUCUGUUCUGCUGGAAGAGAAGGAGAGGGGAGCUGUCUAAAUAUAGAGUGCUGGGACUGAGCCCAGAUAUUUGCUGAGAUCAAUGAAUACCAAGAGACAGCUACAGAGGUGUAGAGAGACAUACUAAAGGCUGGUGAGAAAUAAACAAGUAGGUUGGAAGGAGUGCAGAGCAAAAAGAUCCAGGAGAGAGAGGAAACCCACCCAAACGCUAGUCCUUCUGCAUAAAAGAGUAUAAUUUGCAGUCUCCGGGCGGAGCGCAGGAGUGGACGUUGGUGUCACUGUGUGUGUGAAACUCAUUAGUCUCGCUCGCUGAGGGUGUGGAACUUGGCAGCAUGUGGGGUCUCAGGCAACAGGAGUCUCAGUAGAAGUGCAGAAACCUGACAGAUGUGAAAAAGCCUAGUGAGUGAUAAAUUUAGAGCCCUGUUUCAUGUUCCUUCUGGCUAGCAGGACAGACUGUGACUCCAGCGGGGGAAGAGAGAGUGAACGUGAGAGAGAGUGAGUGAGUGAGCCUGGGAUGUUGGUGGAGAGUGAAAGGGAUUGUGUGAUGGAGGUGAGGGAGGAAUAGAGGUACAGAGACGGAAUCCAUAAAGAAACUGGAACUUUGGAGGCAUCACCUGAGGUUGUGGCAAAAGGGUUUUCUGUGUUACCUGGAAAGUAGUGUGAGAGUUCAUAUGAGACUGCUGCUUUAUACUCUAAAGAGCGUAAGGUACAACUUCCAAAACUAAAAGGAACAAGGCAUUGUGCUUGGGUGAUUCUUGGACGGAGUGUAGAAGAGUAGUUCCUAGCAAGAACAUUAGGUCAACUUAAUCCAUAGCCAUGGAUAUGAACUCGGUGAUCUCGGAAAUGCGCCAGCCUGCCAAGGGCCCCGGGGAGCCCCCAGUGGUCGCCAAGCGCCCUUCUGCUAAAACUGCGAAAAAAGCUAAACGUGCUACUGUUUAUUUUGAGGUGGAGAUCCUGGAUGCCAAAACGCGGGAGAAGCUGUGCUUCUUAGACAAGGUGGAGCCCCAUGCCACCAUAGCAGAUAUAAAGAAUAUGUUCACCAAAUCCCAUCCUCAGUGGUACCCUGCGCGGCAGUCUCUACGGCUGGAUCCAAAGGGCAGAUCGCUGAAGGAUGAAGACAUCCUACAGAACCUACCAGUGGGGACAACAGCCACCCUGUACUUUAGAGAUCUGGGUGCACAGAUCAGCUGGGUGACGGUGUUCCUCACAGAAUACGCUGGGCCCCUCGUUAUAUAUCUGCUCUUCUAUUUCCGAGUUCCUUUUAUUUAUGGUCCCAAGUAUGAUUUUAUUACCAGCCGGCAUUCUGUGGUACACCUGGCCUGUAUCUGCCAUUCUUUUCAUUACAUUAAACGUCUACUGGAGACCCUGUUCGUCCAUCGUUUCUCUCAUGGUACAAUGCCGUUCCGGAAUAUCUUUAAGAACUGUAUGUAUUACUGGGGAUUUGCAGCUUGGAUGGCUUACUACAUAAACCACCCACUCUACACACCACCGACAUAUGGAGAAGAUCAGGUGAAGCUGGCAGUCAUUAUAUUUCUGUUUUGCCAGCUGGGUAAUUUCUCCAUACACAUUGCUUUGCGGAAUCUGCGACCUGCUGGUUCCAAGACCCGAAAGAUUCCCUUCCCCACACGUAAUCCUUUCACAUGGCUGUUCCUGCUGGUUUCCUGUCCCAACUACACAUAUGAGGUUGGCUCUUGGAUUGGAUUUGCCAUCAUGACCCAGUGUCUCCCAGUCGCUCUCUUUACCUUGGUUGGAUUCAUCCAGAUGACGAUUUGGGCCAAAGGCAAACACCGAAGUUACUUGAAGGAGUUCCGAGAUUACCCUCCUCUCCGAUCCCCCAUAGUUCCCUUCAUCCUGUAGGCACACUCAUGGUUCCCUCUGUUCCUUGCUCUUCCUUUCUAACUCUAGUUCUUAAAAUGACCACCAAUAUCCAACUGUCUGCUAAACACUGGCCUCUAAACUCUUGCACUGAUAUAUAGAGUAUGGAAGGUUUGUGCUUCCCAGAUGGAAUAAACGUGUCCUCUGUUA